AUGGAUGAAAGACGAGUUCAGAAACUUUUAAAAGAAGCUGAACGAAUUUAUCAUGUUGGUUCACGAAAUCCAAACGAAAAAAUUUAUAUUUAUCAUGAAGCAGCUGAAGCAUGUCGUUCUAUUGGAAAAUAUGAUCAAGCUAUAAAAUAUUUUACACUUGAAUUAGAUGAAGCACAAAAAGCUGAUUUACGUGAAGAUAUUCUUUAUUGUCAUCGAUUUUUAGGUGAAUGUUAUUUUGCUAAAAAUGAAUUUUCUACAAGUGAAAAACAUCAUUUAAAUUUUUUAUCAUCAGCACAAGAAUAUGCUGAUGAUGAACGUACUGAACAAGCAUAUACAUGUUUAGCACAUACUUAUUGGGUAUGGUUAAGUUAUUUACAAGAUGAAAUAUUACAUGAUUCUGAACGUGAUCAAUUUCCACGUGAAAUAGGUAAGAAAAGUUUAGAUGCAGCAAAAAAUAGUUUAUUAAUGAUUGAAAAACUUGAUUAUCAACUUAAAAUUGAUAUGAAAACAAAACAAAAUAUUAAAAUAAAAGAUAUUGAAAAAAGACAACAAGAUUUAGCAUUACGACGUGUUCGAACAUAUAUCAAUAUUGCCAAUGCUAUGAGUGAAAAAUAUACAACUGGUGAUAAAUCUGGCGCUAAUCUUAAAGCUCUAAGUCAAUAUAUUAAAAGUGCCAUAGAACUAGCCAAAAAGCAUCAACUACAUGAAGAAUUAGCACGUCUGCAUUCAUCAGUAUCUACGUUCUACUUAAGUGUUCCAAAUUUUUUACUAUACAAGAAAGAAAUCAUUGCUACUAUGGAACAAGCUUUACGUUAUGCACAAUUAGCAAAAAAUACAACUGAAUAUUUAUCAUGUUUACAUGAUAUUGCUCAAGCACUUCUGUUAUUUGAUGAUUACCAAGGUGCAAAAAAUUAUCUUUUAAAAAUUUAUCGAUAUCGAAAAAAUGAUCCAAUCAAAGAAAAAGCUCUUCGUGAUUUAGCUGAUGUUCAACGAAUUUUAACUGGACUUGAAGAUCGAUAUGAUAAAGAAAUAGAUUUAAGAAAAAAAAUGCGUUUAGCAGAAAAAUGUGCUGAUACAUUUUCUCGUCUCAAGCGAAAUGAACGAAGUAAAAAAUAUUAUCUAAAACAAUUAAAACAUGCACAAGAAUUAAAUUUAGAUGAAAAUGAAAUGGCAACUAUUUAUUCAUCACUUGGUAGUAUUUGUCAAGAUUUACAAGAUUGGCAAGAAAGUAUUAAUUAUUUUCGACGUGAAAUGAGUUGUCGAAUUGGUUUAGGUUCACGAGCUGAUGUUGAACAAGGUUAUUCUCUUUGUGAAAUAAUUAAAUGUGAAUAUCGUCUUAAAAUUGAUCUUGAUGUACGAAUAACAACAUUUAAACGAGUUUUAACUAUAGCUCGGUCAACAAAUGAUCGAAGUUUAAUUAGAAUGGCAGCUUCACUUGUAUUUGGUAUGAAAUUACGUGAUCCACGUAUACGUUUGGAUGAUGAUUUAGAAGAAUUUAUGGCUAAUAUUCAACCAUCAAUAACAAAAGAAAAUUAUAGCGAAAUUUUACGUCGUACAGAACGUAGUAAUAGUGAAAUAACAGAUUCUUUACAAUCCAAUGAAGAUAAUGAUGAUGAAGAUAUUAAUGCAAAUGAAAGUGAUAAUGAUGAUGAUGAAGCAAUUUUAGCAACACUUUCAGAUGAAACAGAAAAUGAAGAUGAUAAUGAUGAAGAUGAAGAUGAAAAUGAAUUAGAUUCAACGAUACGUGGUAAAAGUCGACAAAGAAAAAAAGUUUGGAGAAAUUGUUAUGGUGAAAGCCGUUUACAUUUAGCUUGUAAAGAAAAAAAUGGUUUAAAAAAAGUCAAACAAUUUAUUUCUGAAGGGGAUGAUAUUAAUCUUCAAGAUAAUCACGGUUGGACACCAUUACAUGAAGCAGCUAAUCAUGGACAUAUUGAUAUAGUUCGAUAUCUUCUUGAUUGUAAAGCAAAUAUUAAUAUAAAAGCUAAUAAUGGAAUAACUGCUCUGAUCGAUGCUUGUAAUAGUGGAUGCUUAGAUAUUAUUGAAAUAUUACUUUCAUAUGGUGCAAAAACAAAUAUUCGUACAAAUAAUGGUUAUACAGCUGUUGAUUAUUUAACAUUAUACAAUGAAAAUAUGUCACCAGACGAUCAUCGAAAAUUUAAUCGUUUAAAAGAAUUACUUUUAGCUUCUAUGAGAAAGGAUGAACCAACUUAUUGCACACAAAAAGUUGUUCGUAGUGAUUUUGGAAACGAAUCAGAUGAGGAAGAAACAACAUUAACAUCAGAACACAAUUCCAAUAGUAAUGAUAGUAUCGAUGAUAAUAUAGAAAAUCAUACUAAUAAACGACCACAAUAUAAAAAUAUAAUGAAUAAUAUUCGACGCGGAAUUCGAACAGAUGAUGAUGCAACAGCUAAUAAACGAUCACCUUUAAAAAUGAAAAAAUCUAAAUUAACACCAUUUGUAUCUGAUGCUGAAUAUGAGCGAAUAAGUACUAAUGAGAAACAUUGGGUUGUUGAUGAUACAGAACCAAUUGAAAUUGAAGAUUCAUCUGUUUCAACAACAACAAAAACACGAAAACAACAUCUUCAACGAUCACGUUCACCAUCAGUAUCAUCAUCACAUACACCAGCACGUAAACGAAGACGAACAAUAACUGAUACUAAAUCUCCAGUAAAAAUUUCUACAUCUAUUCCUCCAUCUCUUCCACAACUAUCAAACGAUAUUGAUCUUGUUAAUUUUGAUGAUUUGGAUUUAUUUUCACCAUUAAAAAAAGAAUCACCUGUAUCAUCUCGUCCUACUACAUCACUUUCACCAGUUCUACAAGUAAUGACACCAAAAUCAACAACAAGAUCUCGACAUCCAUCAUCAACAUCAUCGACCAAUACAAUUACAACAACUACAACUAUACUUCUUCCAUCUUCAAUUUCACAUGAUCGAACUACAAGAAUUAUUCGAUGUUUAGCAAAUACAAUUCAACGAACAAGCGAAGAUAAAAAACUUCGAAUACCAAUGUCACCAUCGGACACUCUAACAAGUCUUCGUUAUCAAGUUCUCAAACGAUUACAUGAUAAUUUUAAUAUUUAUGCAUGUUCUAUAAAAGCAACUUAUAUUGAAAAAGAUCCAGUUCUUGUAUAUGAACAACUUUGUAAAACAAAUAAAAUUGCUGCUUAUUCAAAUAUUCGAUCAGCAUUAAAAAUGUUUUUUGAUAAAUUUGAAUUAUCACUUCAACGGUUAAGUUUAAAAUUAGAACAAGCUAUAUGUAUAUUACAAGUAUUUGAAAAUUUCAUGUUUAUUUAUUCAAUUAAUUUAUCAGAAAAUAAUCUAACUGAUGGAAUAUUUGAUCAAUUAGGAAAAUUAUGCUUAGAUCAACUUAAAUCAUUGAAUAUUUCACGAAAUAAAUUUACUUCCAAUGGAAUACGAAAAUUAUUUGAACAAAAAGUGAUGAAUAAUUUACUUGUACUUGAUUUAACCGGUAAUACAGAUAUUGAUUAUGUUACAUUAACUUUUAUCCGAACUCGGCAUCCAAAUCUUACUGUAUACCAUUGA